CCGCAAGCCAACCGACGCAGCGCCCCUGCGGCGCUCCGCAGGGGCGCUGCUGUCCGCAGGAGCAGAGCACUGCGCAGAAGCGAUGUGGUAAAGCAGACUGCGCUCCGACUGCGGUACUCCACCGAGGGAGGAGGGGUGAGCGGAGGGAGGGUGAAGCAGCGUGCUGUCCGCUGGAUCCUAAAGCAACGCGAGGAGCGCGGCCUCCGGAGCAGAGUAUUCGCGUAGCGCGCGUAGCUCGAGCUCCCCUUGAAACCUGCUCUCAACACUCUGUAGUAGUCC